CAUAAUAAUUAUGGGGGAGUGGCUGUAUACCAAAUCAUAAUUAUGACCAAAUCUACUUCUGCCACGCCCCUCGAAAAUCAUUGUUGUUUGGAAAUAUUUAAUGACAUGUCACUACUGACACAAGAUCCCCUUCAAGAGUUUUCUCUUCCAUCCAAUCUCAAGCUCGAUGAGAGUCACCACGUACACUGUCAAGUAUGCAUCUCCGCACACUGUCAACAUCCGUCGUCGGCCAGCUGCCCAUUUGAAUACUGCCGUAACGGGUGCGGUUUCUCCAUGCAUCAAUGCAAACUGGACGAGCAUGACCAAAACACAUGCCCCGAGGCUCUUGCCCCUUGCUCCAAUGCUGGCUACGGAUGUAAUGAGAUCAUGAAACGGAAAAAAAUUGGGAACCACAUUCAACACUGUCCAGCUAGUGUUCUAGUGUGCAAGUUCUCUCAUCAAAGAAUCGAGCAUUCUCACACAUCUAUUGAGAUAGUGGAGCCUUCUUAUGUUGACGAACAACUGAUCGAUCAAAAGUUUCUCGAGGGUGACCUAGAAGUCUGGAAAACUAACAAACUGAAAGUGUCCUCUUCUAGUGGCAAAGAGAAGUUGUUGGUUCCAACGUCGAUGGAUUGUGACAGGAAUGAUUUUGAUUUGAAUUCGGACAAUCCGGAUAAGGAUACCACGAUCCUUCCUUCUCUCUCUUUUGACAAUGAUAUUGGGGUGAUGACAAAACAGUACUGGGCAGCGAAGAGAGGAUACACUCCAGAAGCAGCAAGUUUGUCCAGACGAGCUUGUAUCAGCUGGAGCAUACCAGUGGAUAAUGACCCCUUCUUCACACAUUCAGCGAAACGAGCAAAAACUCACCCGGCUUGUACGUUCAUGUGUAACGAGGUUGUGCGGAGAAGCGAGUUUUCGUCUCACUGGAAAUCACUACAUUUGGAUAUCCAACUUGGCCAGCUUGUUUGUCGGUGCCCAAUGCGUUUGUACGGGUGUCAAUUUGGUUCUCUCAACCUAACCCCACAACCAGAGGGCUCUAGCUUGGAUUACGAUGUGGAGACCGACUGUUUUCUUUACAAAAUGCCUUCAACUAUUCUAAAUUCCAUCACCACUGCAGAUGCUGGAAGUUUGUAUGCUGCUGAGAUAGAGAAGAAGCAGGAGCUAGCGCUGUACGGUUACGAGGACGUGGAGGAAGAGAGCUUUGAUGUCUUGGGGCAGCUGCCUGCCGAGGUGUUGAUGAUCAUCUGUAGUUUCCUCGACUCUCAAAGUCUCUGGGUCCUGUCUCAAGUAAACCAUUAUCUGAGGAAGGUGUGUCUUAACUUGGUCAAGAGGAGUGGAAUUGUGUAUUGGACAUGGGAACGAGACCGUUCUGGAACAUGGGAACUUGGACAUCAGGUAUGGUCAUAUUCCAAGGUGUUUCGAGGACUCUCUGCAUGGCGGUACACAGAGGAAGCCUCGAUAGCGGCUCACAUGAUGUCAUGUGACUACAUCAAAGCCAAUGUGAAGCCAUACACCUCAGACAUGGUAUUAGCAAUGAUACAGUAACAGUUUUUUUAGUGCGAUUAGAGUUUGUUUUCUACAGUUUUUAUCAAUUGUUCAAGUGCUUGACAUUCUGAAUGAUGUGUUCCAUAAUGUGUCA